AUGCCAUCCUAUAUUAUGGAUAUAGUCUCGGAUGUUAAUCCAUCGAUGGAUCAGUCGCCUGCAUCCUUCUCAGAGCCAGAGGUACAUGCUGGGCCACAUUCGUCAUCAGUCAAUCCAAUCCAGGCACCAAAUUCCAGCGGUAGCUUCAAACUCUUUCCCAUGCUUCCUCGUGAGCUCAGGGACUUGAUUUGGUGGCAUUCUCUCGCCCGAGAGCGGUUGUUGAUGAUAAGCUUGCUGUACCACACAAGACGAAGACGGGCCGUAACAAACUCAUCAUUAAUUUCUACCCAAAUCGUGUUGCAUCUCAACCAGCGUUUAGAACCAAUUCCUAUUCUUUUCGUCAACAAAGAGUCACGACGUACCGCGUUGCAAUUCUACCGCAUUCGGAUCCCAUGCUACAGCGAAUGUCCGUUCCAGAGUAUCAAAGGGAUAUUAUACUUCAAUCCUGAUUUCGACAUCUUUCAUUUCGAACUCUUUUCUUUAAUCUCCAGAUGGGCUAUUCAUUUUGUCACCUUAUCUCAGGAACUACAAAAGGUCGAUCCGAAAGGUCUCGGUCUAAGGAAAAUUGCGCUUGACGAGCGCAACUCAUACGAUGCAGAACUUGACUACUUUGUGCAAAUUGACGGGCUAAAGCAAGCAAUUUCUGCGAUUCCCUGCGUUAUGUUUUCGUUGGAGGCCAUUCCGCGAAAAAAGAACGAUUGUGUCAACGACAAAUUUGACGAGUAUGACCGGAGUAUUUCACCCAACACAGCACUACAUCCCUGUGUUCGAAGGCUACCUCAGGAUUCCAGGCUAGUCUAUGGAGAGAUGGGAUGUAACUUUUCAUACAGGGAGUAUGCUUUUAAAGGUCCAGCAAUUCAGAAAACUCGGUGUGCUGCAUUCUUUUGGAUGCGGCUUCGCGAUCGUCUGAAAGUACAGAGUCCUUGUGAACAUAAACUUAUCCUCUCAUCCAGACUAUCUUGUGAGUGCUUCUUUCAAGCGUCUCUCGAGGCGCACCGAUGCUGGCGCCGUAGAUGCAAGAGGAUUAAUUCAACAGGACAACCAGAAGCACCUAAUAAGGAGCUGGAGACUUGUCCUAAAACAGCUCACGAGUAUUGGAUCUUCCCUCUGGAAGUACUAGGACGAAUACCUCUUGAACAUCCGUCGUCUGAGGAGUCCGAGGAACUUGAUCGUACUACAUGUCACAAUCUCACUGUAUAUCGCCCGGAGUCGGCGUUAUACGCGCUUGAAUAA